GGGCAGUGACAGCACAGAAGCAAGGUGGCCUGUUUACUGCCUGAAUACGAUAAUUAGUCUGAACAUGAAGAGGCAAGAAAUGUGAGAUAAUAUUGUUUCCAGUCGUGUUAAAAUGUAAUGUGAAUGUACUGCGUAUGGUACUUGUGGAAAAGCGUUCCUGUGGCAUUUUCGUAAAAGCAAUCGCUGUGGAGUGUAAGCUUUGUUGCUGAGCUAGUUAGCUAGGGCCUGGAUCCAAACCUCGGAAUGGAAGUAGAAAUACAUGCCGUGUUUCUGUCGCUUUGAAGCGGAAACCACGGUCGCGCACACGAUUAUGUCCAUUCAGUACUAGUUAGCUGAUGAAUGGAGUACGAAUUUGAAUCUGGAAACGGUAACGUUAAUUUAUUCUAAGCAAGUGGUUGCUAUUCUCUUGUGACGUUUUUCUUGAUUUUAGCGAUCUCUUUCUAUCUAGCGAAACAUCCAACCCACUAGCUAACAUUAGCUGGCUAGGCUAGGUUUGUCGUGGUAAAUUGCCUACACAUCCUGGCUAACCUAUCUGACAGAUUCCUCCGUAUAUCGAAAAUACAGGGUAGUUGCCGUUUUGCCGCCAGCCUAGCUCAAGUUUAGACUUCGUAAAAUAAUCUGCAGGAACCCACCUAGCUACCAAGUAACGACGAAGGUGUGCUGCUAUUUGUUGCCUUCAUUGUCGGGGAACAAGACGCACCAGCUAGGCUAGCUAGCCUGGCAGCUAACAUUAUUUGGGCAAAAACUCACGCAAUGCCCGAAAAACCUUUUUUACUUAAAUCAAAUUUUUGGCUAACGUGCUGUUUUGUGGCUAAAAUGGAGAUGGCUUUUUCAUUAAAAUGUCAACGGUAGCUAGUUUCUUUAAUACCGUUAAGGUUUGACAUUAGCUAGUUAAAUAAUAGAACCAUGUUAUUGUUUACGAUUAUUAUUAUGUAGCUAUUGUAAAGUUAACUUUUGGGGACAUUUCGUUUAAGAUAAUUUCCUUUGCUACUUGACCUCACCAAUAAGAACAAUAGUAUUUGACCUAACCAGAGCUCAUCAUACCAUAAACAAAGAUGUGAUUUUCUUCUCAAGGCAAAGCACGAGAGGCUGAUCCGGGUGAAUUGCGUUUUCCAUUUCGUACCUCUUUUUUUUUUUUUCAACGACACCUUUUUGUGGAAAGUACUGGAUGUACAAGUUAGCAGGGGAUUUUGUUGGCACAUGUUAAAAAACAUUUUGUAAAUCAACUGUCUAGUUUGCUCUCAAUUGUAUCUGUUGGACAGAUGUACACCCUGUCAGAAGAUAGACCGUUUUUUAACACGGAUAGACUUAACUUCGAUGAUAUGCAGGCAGAAGAGCUAACGUUAUACACGUAGCUAAUUCCCGGCGGUCUCAGUUUGCGUUUUAACAACUAUUUCAGUUUUUAUUUGUAGCGCAUGAAUUCGAAAAUAUAAAAACUGAAUGUGGCUCGUAUGUCAGACACGAGCAACGAUUUUGCAUACUUUUCGAAUAUUAGUUUUCGAGGGCGUUUCUUGAGAGGACACAGUCUUGGCCACUACCUAACUGUAGAAUACUGACUGGGCCGACACAUUUCAAGCGGAGGUGCAACGGAUCUGGAAAGGAACAGAACGGAGAACUGCUCUCGGGAGAGAAGUUCACGGGCGAUCCAGUUCUCAUCUCACCUUGGUUCAGAUGCGAGGAAAAAUGGGCACCCCGGGCAGCCCUGUCAAGAGUUAUGACUAUCUCCUCAAGUUCCUGCUUGUGGGAGACAGUGACGUUGGGAAGGGGGAGAUCCUGGACAGUCUACAGGAUGGGUCAGCGGAGUCUCCAUACGCAUACAGCAGCGGGAUCGACUACAAAACCACCACGAUCCUCCUGGAUGGGAGAAGAGUCAAGCUGGAGCUAUGGGACACCUCAGGACAGGGCCGGUUCUGCACCAUCUUCAGGUCCUACUCCAGAGGGGCACAGGGAAUCCUGCUGGUGUAUGACAUCACCAACCGCUGGUCUUUCGAUGGAAUUGAUCGCUGGAUCCGGGAGAUUGAUGAGCAUGCACCAGGUGUGCCACGCAUCCUGGUUGGAAACCGGCUACACCUGGCGUUCAAGCGGCAGGUUCCCACGGAGCAGGCGCGGGCGUACGCCGAGAAGAACGGCAUGACGUUCUUCGAAGUGAGCCCCCUGUGCAACUUCAACGUGAUCGAGUCCUUCACCGAGCUGUCCCGCAUUGUGCUCAUGAGACACGGCAUGGAGAAGUUCUGGAAACCCAACAGAGUGUUCAGCCUCCAGGACCUGUGCUGUCGGGCCAUCGUCUCCUGCACACCGGUCCACCUGAUCGACAAGCUCCCCCUGCCCGUGGCCAUCAAGAGCCACCUCAAGUCCUUCUCCAUGGCCAACGGCAUGAACGCCGUGAUGAUGCACGGCCGCUCGUACUCGCUGGCCAGCGCCGCGGGGGGCAGCAAGGGCAACAGCCUGAAGCGCUCCAAGUCCAUCCGGCCGCCCCAGAGCCCCCCCCAGAACUGCGCCAGGAACAACUGCAAAAUCUCUUAGCCCCGCGCCCCCCCUGCGCCUCCUCUCAGGGCUAACCCGUCCGGACCGCGCGCCGGCCCGAGACCAGAAGGUCCCGCACCUUCCCGCUACAGAGAUUACGCUCUCCUGGGAGAGCCGACAGAGCUCCGCCCACCGAGGUGCGCGCUGGAGCUGACGGGACAGAGAGCAGCCAAUCGGGCCCCAGCCUGGCCUCUGAGGUCACCCGCCCGCCCACCUCUUCUCCAAUCCGCUCCUUCAGCAUGCUGGAGUCAUUCAACACUAUAGUCAGGGCCGGGACUAUUUUACCUGCAUCGUCUUUUAAUAUAUAUUGCAUAUGUACUUGAUAUUUAACAGACAAAAUUUGCGAAUGAUUUUGUGUCAUUUAGUUUCGUAUUUCUCCUUUUUUUUUUUUGCACUGAAGUUCCUCUUUUGCUCGGUCUUGGUUUGAAGAAUCCUCAAAUGAGCAACAGAAAGUUUACAUUUUCCCUCCCUACUUCUUGUUUGCCCACAAUUUAGAUUCUGCACUCUCUUAACCCCCUGGCAUGUAUCCUCUGUGGUUUCCUAUACGGUUACCCAUUUUCCGCAUGACUGAAGCCAAUAUCUUCAGUUUUCAGUGUUUCUUAUGACACCCUCCUGUUCCUGUUUAUGCUUCACUUGAAGGACAUGCAUAGUGUGGUCUGAGAUGGUGUGCUGAUUUAGUGCAAGCAAGAUUCACCAUAAAAUGACAGUGUCAGUUCUCCUGAAGGCCUCCUUUUGGAGUGUCUGCUUGGCAGUCUGAAGCUCUGCAAUGUACUUUUAUUUUGUUGCGAAUUUCUCAGUGCUGCAGGAUCAAAACUUAUCUGAACUGUUUUUUCAGUGCAUCUCUGUUAGCACAUCAUUUAGAUGCAUUCUCUUUGGUUGUAGCUGUACCUUAUUUUCUUGUUGCAAACUGCACUGGAUUGUUUGGGAAUGUGACCCUGUGUCCUCUGAUCCUCUGAUUGGGGAUCCAGACUGCGCUUCACAGUGUGUAAAUGUCAAGGCAGGGGGUGAUGUUUUGGGAGGGAAUCCAGUGCUGCCUUUGGGUAUUUGUACUUUGACGGUUCCAUCUGAAGUUUCCUCUUCACAUGCCUUAACACGUCCAGGCACGUCUGAUCAAAUGAAACCACUUUUGUUACCAACAGGUCGUUUGUUCCCUGCGGUGACAGCAUAUCUCAAGUCAUUUCAUGAACCCACCGGUGAUCUUAUGCUCGUCUUCUGAUGCAUUUUCCCUUUUCCACAGCGCCCCCUUGUGCCAAACCCUCAGAUUACAAAAUAACUCACUUGAAAAAGAGUGCAAUCCCCAUUCAUAUCCACAUUCAGUAGUUCUGAUGAGUUUGUACGGUCAUCUGGAAAUUGUAAAUUGUCACAUUUUUAAUUCUAAUUUUGGAUUUUUGGACUUUUUGUUUACAGCAUGUCAAAGUUUUUUACUCGGUAGAAAUGAUUUUGAGCAGAAAUCAGUAUUAUUGCAUGUCCUCCAAAUUUGUUUUCCUCCUUCAAACAUUGUUAAAUGCCCAUGGAACAAACUAAGGUUUAAAUGAGGGCAGUAUUUAAAAGUUUUGCCAAAUGUGAAUUGUAGAUAUUGAAGAGUGGCUCGCACUAUAAAGCACAUGGUAAAUAUGACUAGAUUAACGGACGUGUUUGCUUUGCACACAUCGCAAUAUGGUGUCCGGUUACGUCAGCCCGUGAGUAACCUGAAGCAUUUCUUCUUGUUAUGCACAGCACCUUCUCACCCACAGUAGGAUCCCGUGUUUGUUUUGUGUGGCAUCAGUGUAUCUUUGGGCUGGAUUGCAGGGUUAUUGCAGCUGAACCAGGCCUGCUUACUUUUUAAUUCAUUCAUUCAUUCAUAAUUCAUCUAUUCAUAAUUAGUGCUUUUAAGAGCGCGACUAUAGUUUAUAUAAAAUCUUUAGUUAUUGCUUUCCUCUUCCCCAAUUAACAAAGAAGACUCAGGGACCAGUACAGCUUCUUCUGACAGAGCCAGCCAAUGAAGUUGAGUGACUGAGAGUUGGACUGUUUAACGAGGACGUUGCAUUAUUAUUUUUACGCUUUCACAUAAAGGCAUACAAGCUGCUCCUGCUGUUUUAUUUGUGUUUUUUUAAUUCUUUUUUUUAUAAAGGUCGCGUAUUUUGAAAAGUGGCAUAGGAAGGAAAGGGCGGCCUGCGUGUAGUCCUCUCCCGUUCAUAGCAGGAGAGCAACUUUAACGCGCCGUCUUUUUGUUCUGUGUCUGACCUCUACAACACAUCAACUAUGACCUUCCACUGCACCUGUAUUCCAAGCUGUUCGGAGGCCUUAUAGGACUAUUCCAUAUGGAUUGGAAACCUGUUGGUCUUUGUCCUGAAGGCUACCCCCCCCCCCCCCCCCCCAGUAUAACACACUCACUGAUAUGGUAAACAAGGACUCAGAUGAGAAAGGUUGUGUCAACAGUUUCUUUUGUAUAGUUAGUCCUGGCGUUUUUUAUUUUAAUAACAAACGUUGGUCCGUGAAUGCAGAUGGAGGUUCUCUGAUAGUGUGUCCAGAUAAAUUGUAAUUAUUUUAAAGGGAAUGUUUGGCAGGAUCAGUUUAACGAGUGCUUAAAAUUCCAAUUGUAUAGUAACAUUCCUACGGAUGUUUGAAUGGGAACCUGCAACUGUUUGCUCAAAACUGCUGAAAAUGUAUUUCUUUUUUUUCUCUUCUAUGGGUAGGGUAAAGGGAAAUGUAAUAUUUUGCUUAUUAUUCACUUGUAAACACUAUUUUCUUGUGGUUUAAGCUGCUGGGUAACUUUAAGAAUACUUAAGUAUUCAAAAAAGAAAAAAAAACCUUGUUUUUUUAAAUUAUUUUUUGACUGUACAGUUGCUUGUUGAUGAAAAGCAAAACAUUUCCCAAAAUAAAGUUGUUGACAAUAUGAUUCAA